AUGCCUCCUCCACAUUCUGGUGUUGCAUUAUCUGAAAAGAUCAAUGCAUUAAUAACUGAGUGGGAGAUUGAGAAGAAGUUUUCCAUUACUUUGGAUAAUGCUUCUGCAAAUACUUCUUUUGUUGAGAUUUUGACGAAUCAAUUGAACUUUAGAGGUCUACUAUUGAUGAGUGGCAAGUUUUUUCAUGUGUGUUGUUGUGCUCACAUUUUAAACUUGAUAGUCCAAGAUGGACUUAAGGAAAUUGAUUUGUCAGUGAUAAAGAUUCGUGAGUGCAUCAAAUAUAUAAAGGGUUCUGAGGGGAGAAAACAAAAGUUCUAUGAAUGUGUUGCACAAGUGGGGAUAAUGGGUAAUAAGAAAGGAUUGAGACAAGAUGUCCCUACUAGAUGGAACUCAACUUAUACCAUGCUUGAGAGUGCACUUUUCUAUCGUCGUGCUUUAAUUUAG